CAUAUUAUGUUCCUUAUGAGUUUAAUUUUACUUUCAGACAAGACGCUGUAUUUCAAGGCCAAAGAAGGAAGAAAGAAAGUUGUGAGGAAGUUUGAAGAUCUCGCUGAAAUCUUCAAGUUAUAUCACGAUAGUCCUGUUGGAGGGCACAGUGGCUGGAAUGCCACAUACAAGAAGAUCUCCAGGGUCUACACCUGGAAAGCUAUGGUGGAGGACAUCCAGAAAUUGACUGCCACUUGCAGCCAGUGCCAGAGGUACAGCCGCAUCAAGACCGUGGCACCGGAGAUGAAGCCCAUCAAAGUGAAAGAACCGUUGGAACUGAUUGGAGUAGACAUGAUAGCAGAUGAUGUAUCCACCACCACCCAAGCCAAGGGAAGCUCAGGGGAGCUGGUGCUGGAGUGUGAGUCUGAGUCACUCUCAGAAGCACAGCUCAACAACAUCCAGAAGCUAAAGGAUGAACUCGUCAGACUGCAGAAGCUCAUCCAAACAAAUGCAAAUGCAGUUCAAACAGUGCAGAAACAAAAUGAGAUUACGGUGCCAGUACUUGUCAAUGGUACCAGCACCCCAGCAGUGGGUGCCCCCCUCACCAAUGGACCCAGCAUGGUGGGGCUUCAGGUGCCACAGUUCCUCUUGCUGCAGAAUGGUCAGAUGAUUGCUGCCAGCUCCACCCUCCAACCAGCUUCCAUCUCUACUACCAGUCCAAGCCUUGUGCCUUCUUCAGGCAACUCCUUUCCCAUUGCUACCAGCCAAAGCAAUAUGAACAGUCUCACUUUCAAGCCGAGUACCACAACCCGUGUCUCAUCAGUGACCCAGGCAGCUUCUCGUUCUCAAAGGAUUAUUGGCAGCAGUGGGAAAAGUAGCAGCAGUAGCAGCAGUAGCAGCAGCAGCAAUUCCCCUACAGUCAUAAAUAACAACAAUGAUAAUUCUGACAUCCAAGUUCUGAGUGAAAUACGACCUAUGUCCCAAGCAAGUGCUCCUUCUCGGAGCUUGAGAGACGUGCGGAUCUCGGGUGCCUCCGUUGCUCCCUCCACCAGCACCAGUAGCAGCAUCGCAACCACGUUUAGACAGCCGAAUGCAUCCAUCAACAGUAUGGGAGAUAUUGAUAUGAUAAAUGGAGUUACAGCAGUCAGUAGUUCCACAAGUGAGGCAGCAAGGACGAGUACCACCAACAUAGUCUCCAACACUGCUAAUGUGUCCACCACCAGAACUGCUGCUGGUACCUCUGCCACCACCACAGCCACUUCAUCCCCAGCUUCAAAUACAUGCAAUAAAUAUCCGCUGCUGAACAUUGUUGCACGUCCAAGGAACACGCUGCCUCCUGCUGUUGCCAUGAACCAACGUAAAGAACUCGACACAAAGGUGAAACUGGUGCUUGUCAAAUCUCCGCAGGAGUUUGUUGAGUGGCUGCUAAGUGAGGGACUGAUCCGCAAUGCUCAAAACUGUACCAUCCACAAAGUGGCAGCCACACAACAACCUGUCAAGCUCAAACUGGGAAUGUUUUCGGACCCCAAGGUUCUGGCAACAAGUGGGGGAUAUGUGUGGAUUAGUGAAUGUUGUGGAAAGAAAUACAUUUCUGUUUACAGUGGUUCCAUCUUUGGUUCUACCCCAAUAGACAAGGUGCCACCAACUUCAGUGCUGAAAUUGAUUUACCACUGGGGCUGCCAAACCUCCAUUACCAAUGUAGAGAACUGGGUCAAGGUGGACAAGAGCUUCAUCAACAAGAUGUUCCAGUACCUGCGCUGCGUGUGUUCAGUCAUGCUGCAGGACAAGGUGUACGACUUUGGCUUUGACGGCACCACAGUGGAGCUCGGCAUUGUCAGUCUCGGCACCAGCACUGCUGAUGGCACUAAGAAAGCUGUCAAGGUGGAGAUCCUUGGCUUGUAUGAUCGCAAAAUGAAGUCAUACCGCCUGUUUGCAUCUGAACCUGAGCCUGGGAGCUCUUCCCGUCAGAGGUUUGUGCGUAUCCUGAAGCCUCUGGAGCGAGUGGUGCACACCAAUGCACUCAUCCUCUGUGACCAGUCAGUUGACCGGAACUGUCUCUACAACAUGUUUUUUACCAGGGUGAGUGUGUGUGAGACCAAUGACAAUGAGGACAGCCUGCAGUACAACGCCCGCAUCAUGAGUUACCUACGCAAGCAUGUCCCAAAAAUGUUCCAGAGUGCCUUGUCACAGCUCAACCUGCAGCAGGUGCAGCUUGUGCUGGAUGAACUGUGCUGGCGGGAGCGCUAUGGCCACUGUGCAGCUCAGGCGUACAGCAACAUGUUGGAUCACAUCAUCUACCUCACUGCAAGAGAGGCUGAGAACCCCGGAGUGCUGCAUCUGCUGGACUUUGUUGCACAGUCACCACAUCAUAACUGGAGGUAUAAGAGUCAGCAUGUUCCUAAGGGCCCGACUUCUCUGCAGCCUUCCAUUAUCAUGAACACCUUAAACAACAGUGGCCCCAUCAAUCCCCAAGUCACCCUUGACCAGAGUGCCGUGACACAGACUCCCUUGGAUCACAGCAACAAAGUAUUGCUCACAGCCCGGCGAGUCCAAAUAGAACCACCGCCAUCACAGCCGAGCAACAAUGCAGCUGUCUCUCCCCCCGCCUCCAAGGCAGACACCACGGAGCUGGAGCCUUUCUACUAUGGCCAGAUUCAAGGUGAUCCAAUGCUGGGCCGUGAAAUCAACACUGCUAAAUUUGUCUGCCACAUUUGCUCGAUGGUGUGUGGGAACAACAUUGAUUUCUAUACUCACCUCAAGCUCCACCUGAGCCGCUCAGGAACUUAUGGAGACAACAAAGUAUGCUGUGACUACUGUGCCGAGCACUUCACCUCAGAAGAAAAGAGGAUUUUUCACCAAAGAGUUAAACACAUGCACCUGGAUGCUCGAUUAUUGUGGUGCCGCAUCUGCUCUGAGGGUUUCAUCAAUGAGUACAACUUGGUGAACCACAUGGCUAAGAAACACUUUGAGAGUGAGUUACCAUACCGUUGUGAAGUGUGCAACUUUGUCACCUCCAUCCUCUACAGCCUCAUUGACCAUUUCAACACGGAGCACAAGAACACAGCUUAUGUCCAAUGCCACUUUUGCCUCUGUGUCAAGUCUAUUAGUCCUAACACAAGCAGCUCCUUUUCCAAUCGCAUAUAUCAGCAUUUGCAGAGACACAUGCAUCAGCAUACUGCUUGCAAAUACUGUCAACUGAUUUUCUACAGUACAUAUCUAAGGGAUGAACACAGGAAGAAGGACCACAUCAGCCGUGCUGGAUUCCCAGGGCUGCAGCGCUACAAGAUCCCUGCUGGACAGAAGAGCCGCAUCAUGUUCCGACCCUGGAUCAGGAAGCAGUCUUCUCCUGUGAACGCUGCGAACUCCCUUGUUGUCCCAAUGGCCUUGUCCACUACCCUUGCGUGGCAGGAUUUAAAGUUUAAUGUUCCUGACCUCAGGGAUUACAAUUGCAUAGAGUGUCAAGGCAGAUUCUCCAUUUCCAGUCAUUUCAAAUCUUACAUGAAGUGCACUCGCUGUGUCUACUCCACCUGCUGCCGGUUCAUGAUCUCCAAGCAUGCUGACACCUUCCAUCCCCAGGGACGCAAUAAGAAAAACAAAUAUAAAUUCUCUGAUCCUAUUGUCCUCCCAAAACCCCUUUUCUGCAUCUGUGGCUUCAGCUCCAGAAGUGGCAACCACAUGGCACGGCAUUUAGUCAGGUGUGAAGGAGGAAGGAAAUCUGCAUAUCCCUCGGUGUCGGAUGCAUUGGUGUAUCGGGGUGAUGUGACAGGGGGAAUGCUGAACCUGGUGGGCACGCUUGGUCUGGAGAACAUUGGUUUGGCCAACAUCCUGCCUGACGUUCCCAUGAAUAACUCAUCCAUUGACAUGGCCCAUUUCAUGAGUGUUUCCAUGGAUGUUGAUGACAGCUGAAUGUACUUCUCAGACACUCAUAUGUUCACAUGUAAAUCUUUGUGAUAAGUCAUGAUCCAGCCAUCAGUGCUUUAGUGAAAGUCAGCAGUUGUUGUUCAUGUUUCCUUGUCUCCAUCAUGCCAACUGCAAUCCACUGAGCUUCUCACUUCUCUUGCAUUUCCUACCUGUCUGUUCACCUAUCAAAGAAAAGACAUUUAUUUGCCUGACUUGUGUCCUAGACCUGUGAGUCAGAAAUGAUUGCUCCAAGGAGUACAGCUCCACAACUGGCUUAAUUUUGUAAGCCACUGAGAGUUAUAUAUAUAUUUAGUA